UCGAGGUUAAUCUUCUCAAGUUUAGAAACAUGAAUGUGUUACUGUUGGUGGUUUUCUGUGUGGCGUCUACGGUCAGCGCCGUUCCGAUGACUGAACUGGCAGAGAGAACCGAGGAGUUUCGCAUCCUUUUCGAUAAUUUGCAUAUGGAAAAGGACGAGUUUGUCGAUCUGACGCGAGCUCUAACUACCUGGGAGCUGCGGCUACUCAAUGACGCAUCCCAGCAGUACAUCGCAGAGAUGUGGAGCAUCAUCGAGCAUCGUUUCGAUGAAACUCGUGAGGCCAUAGCUAAUGCAACGACGGAAGCCAAUGCCAACGAGGAUUGCCUGUUAGGGCUGGUGGAAGAAAUCGUUGCCGAGAGGAUUCGUGCCGCUGAUGAGAUCAGUGCGUGUGCUGCAUUUAAAAUCAACGUCAAGGAAGGUUUGGCCGACGACUUCCGUAAUCUCGGAAACACGCUGCAGCAGAUCUCAACCGCAGCUGCCGAGUAUACGCUGUUCACGUUUGCAGGCCACAACUCGUUCAUCAACUCCGCAGGACAUUUGGAUUGGUUAGAACAUAAUUACGAACUGCAGCGUGAGUUCUGGGAAACUACGGCCCUUGUGGAAGCGCAGGCCGACCUGGACGAAUUGGAAGUAAAUCGCCCGGCAUUACUGGCGGAGUUCCGCGAAUGUUUGAGUCACAUCCCAGUGGAGAUGGACGAGGUGGACCAGGAUAUAACUGACCGAAUGCCGGGAUGUAUGAAUAACUAAGAUUUCAGAAUGUAACUAAAAUUGACAAUAAAUUUGCUCUGGUAAAACA